UUGCUGCGAACGAAAGUGGUGGAAGAAAAUUCUACGCUACUAACAAAUAAUACAACACUUACUAAUUAAUGUUCAUACAUACAAAUGUAGAGUGAAAAUCUUUUUAAUCUGAAUAUUAAAAAUAAACAAAUUCAAUUAGUUAAACGAUUUUUUCAACAAGGUUUUCAAAAAUCCAAAACAUCAACCACUGAGCAGCGACUGCGCACUCCGGCCAUUGGUAGCUUUACUGCCACACCACUACUAUUGCAAAUUCCAAAGGGCAGCAACACCCACAAAUGUAUUACAAAAGUUAACUAAACUCAUACCAAAAACGUUAAGUGAGAGCCGUUAAGAGAGUGCUGCACUAUUGUUGCCAAUGCGCAAUACAGAGAUAAGUGCAUACACACAUAUUUACACAUAUCCAUACGCAUAUGUAUAGUAAGUAAGUGAUUGAGAGCGUAUAUGAGUAUAACGGUAAGUUAGAGUAGUGUUUAAAGAGAACACAGUAAUUUUGGUAACGAAAGUGUGAAAACGUAGCAUUUCGCACGGAAGGAUUAAGCAACGCUGUAAAGUAACCAGACUGCGCGCCUAACUGAAGCAGAACUUUUAAAGCUUAGCUUUGGUAUUAAACAAAAAAAAAAAAAAAAGACAAAAUAAGCGAAAUUGAGAGUGAAGCGGCAGCAAAUGUGGGUGAGAUGGCUUUCUCACGCCACAACAUCGAAAAGCGACGUCUCAUUGAGUUGGUGCGCUUGAAUCCGAUACUCUGGGAUUGUCGAUUGCCGCACUAUAAGCGUUCGGACAAGAAGAAAACACUUAAAUGGAAUGAGUUGGGGCGCAUAUUCGGCGUGAGCGGUGAACGUGUACAGCGCACUUUUACAUCGUUGCGUGAGAUUUUUCGGCGUGAAUUGAACCAUGAAAAGAUGCUGGGUGCACGUUUCAAGUCGAAGUGGGAAUACUACGAUGCGAUGGCUUUUCUAAAGGAGGUCAUCAGAGAGCGAAAAUCGCGCGAGCGCAAUAAACCGGCCAGCGAUACGCACGCCCAACAACAAGCGCAACACAGUAACAACAAUAGCAGCGCUAUCGAUGAGUAUCAAUAUUUCGCACCCAAUGAUCCCAACAAUCCCAACAAUCAAGCGCAGUCACAGGUGCCCGAACAACAACAGCAACAAGCACAGCCUCAUUUUCAGCCGUUGCAGCAGCAGUCAACACAGUUGCAAUUGCAACAGUUAGCGGCUUCAAGUGGACAACAGCAGCAGCAGCCACAGUCACAGUCACAGACACAUUCCCAGCCACAGCACCAUUCCGGUUCGGUUGGCGCACAACAAAACCAACCACCAACGCUCAACAUGCAGCCCGAAGAUGUGAACCUGAGCGGGAAUGUUAAUGGGUUUACACCAAUGCAUUGCAACCUUGGCAAUGGAAGCGGCACUUUGCUAGCUAGCAAUUCCAGACCACCUUCGCAACAGCCACACCCACAGCAGCAGCAGCAACAUCAGCCACAACUAUUGCCACAGCCUCAGCUGCACCACCACCACCCCCCGCCGGCUGCCAGCGAAACCCUAGUUGCUAUUUCAAGUUCGCGUUCUUCAUCGAGCUCACCAUCGAUUUACAUUAAAGACGAGCCCGAUUCGCCGGACACACUGUCGCUCACCACCGUCACCAUCAACGAACACAAUUCCUCAUACUCGCCCCGCCACGCCACAUCAAUUACAGCUGUCACAAAAACCAAAAAUGCUCAGGGCAUCAACUCACAUGCCAAAGAUGGUAUACCAAUCAACAAUAACAACAACACCAAUAGUGCAUUGCGUAAAGCUAAGCCGCACAUCGCGCGCUCGUCGGCGAGUUUGAUCAUUGAUGAGGACUUUGCCGCACACGACAUCGAAUUAGACGAUCUCGACGAUCCCGAUGUGGAUAUGCUCGACGAUGGGCGUCUCUCGGUGGCGAGCACCUAUACGCUGGGCAUAGCGGCGAAAGUGAGCCAUCCCACAGCACGUGAAAUACUCUACACCAAAUUUGGAGAUUUUUUGGCUGCACGCUUGAAUACCCUGAACGAGACGGUGGCCAAUGAUUUAAUGAAUCGCAUACUUCUACUGAUCGCCGAGAAGUGAAAGUAGUGCUAAAUGCAAUAAUCUGCUAAGCGGACUUUUAUAGACUUUUUGUGUUUUUACGUGUGCUAAAAAUAAGUAUUGAGAUUCUACAAUUUCUUCAAAAUAUUUCGGGAAAGCCCGAAAGUCAUAAGAUACUCUGCUGUGUUGUAAUUUUUGCUCACUGUCUGUGUGUAAGUAAAACUUGACCUGUAUAAGUCUGAACGUAAUGUUAUAAGCCAUAUCAAGUUGCCAUACCUAUGUGUAAAUGUGCUAUGUAUAAAUGUUUGUGUGCGUGUAUAAAAUAUACGUCGUUUUCACUUUUUAAGGAUUUAAUAUAAAUUUCAUUUGAC